GGUGCUAUCAGGAGAUAGCAGCCGCGCUCCGCUCGCCCCGCGCGCUCCAGAUAGAGCAGAUAAACAGCGACAGGCGCGCGGCUCCGCACGUCAGACCCGCACGAGAGGCGCGCGCAGGAGUCGCGCGCAGGAGCCGCGCAUCCAGACAUCCUCCCGCACGGAGAAUUACGGCUCGGCGUGGAUUAGUGUCCCGGCGGAGAAGAGCGCGGUUUUUGGCGGACGAGGGAGGACAGCUUCAUUGAUUGAGACCAGCCUUUGAGUCAGGAACUCCAGCUGGACUGAAAUGACUCCUUUGACUCUCUGAGAGAUCCAUUUCUCUGAACAUCUUGAAGGAAACGGCUUUUUGCAUCCUCCAAGAUGAUGCCAAAGCGGCACACCCUGACUUCUCCAGGCAGCGUGAGCUCCUCCCGGGGCCCAAGUGUCCCCGGUUCCCCUGCAGUCGCCAUUGUGGCUAAAAUGGACAAUCAGGUCAUCGGGUACAAGGAUCUGGCUGCCAUUCCCAAAGACAAAGCCAUAUUGGAUAUUGAACGGCCAGACCUGAUGAUCUACGAACCCCACUUCAGCUACUGCUCUCUGGACAGAUCAGAGAGAUCCAUGUCUCCUCGCUCAAUCUCGCCCCCACCUUCGCCUGAGCAGACCUUUAUGAGCAAGGAGCCCAGGGAGUGGCUGGAGCAGAAGUCCCCAGGAGGGUCCACGCCCACCCCAGUGGUCCCAAUCCGCAGGGUCAGCAGCGCCAUGGGACCCUUGCAGCACUUUCACAGGCCACACAAUGGCACGAACAUCUACAAGAAGCCCCCGAUUUACAAACAAGAUGCGUCGGCGUCAGUCCCGCAGAGUAAACACAUAGAGGAUCUCAUCAUUGAGUCGUCCAAAUUCCCUGCCGCACAACCUCCUGACCCCAGUCAGCCCUCCAAAAUUGAAACGGACUACUGGCCCUGCCCUCCGUCUCUGGCCGUCAUGGAGUCCGAGUGGAGGAAGAAGGCCGCCUCUCAGAAGAAGGCUGAGGACGAUGAGGAGUACGACGAUGGCGAUCUGACGGAGGACCUGUGGAGACUGAAGCAGAUGCAGAAGCAGGAGCUCAACAAGAUCCCGUCCAACCUGGGGAAGCUGAUCCUGAAGGAAGAGAUAGAGAAGUCCUUUCCCAUGCGCCGAAAAACCAGGUCCCUGCCUGACAGAACCCCCAUGCAGCUCGGGUCAACAUCCAACUCAUCCAAGUCCACCUCCCUGCCGUCGUGCAACAGGAGUGGCCUCGCUCGGCUCCAGUCGGCUGAGUUUGCGUCACACGACAGUGACAAGGGACGACCAGGUUUCCAGAAUGGAGAGGCUGAGAGGGGGAGAAUGGACAGAGGAAACUCACUGCCCAGUAUGUUGGAAAAGAAGAUCUACCCCUAUGAAAUGCUCAUUGUGACCAACAGAGGCAGAAAUAAGCUCCCCCCCGGGGUUGACCGAACAAGACUUGAGCAUCAUCUGGCCCCUGAUGAGUUCCAGCGCUUGUUCAACAUGUCCAUUGAAGACUUUGACAGGCUCUCCCUCUGGAAACGGAAUGAGUUAAAGAAGAAGGUGUCGCUCUUUUAGCGGGACAGUGCCUACCACUGAUCACAAGCCACUGCACUCCUUGGGAAAAGAGGCAAAUUUAUCACAUUCAGGCGACAAUGACAAUGACAGCAAGAAAAAAAAUAAAACAAAAUCUAGGGAAUGGACUGAGAAAUCAUUUGGUAGAACAUCCAUGCUCUGUCAGAUCUUUAAAAAAGUCUCAUUCCAGAUUUAUAUUCUUCUAGAGAUCACUAUCUUAUCAAAGUGCAGUGCUGCUGUACGUAUUUUCUCUCUUUCUCGUAUUCCUGCGGCAAAGGAGGAGCACUGGGACUUGGCGAAGGCCUUUACAAUGCAGAAGGAUUUGUGUUCUUCUCUGCAGUGUCAUCCUGAGAGGCAGCAGGCAGAUAAUGUCUCAGAGCUCAGGCUGACUUCUUCUCGCCCUAAGGGGAAGUGUCUAAAAGAGCAAAGUACUUACUGAGGUCAGUAAUAUGAGCCAUGCUGCUCUCUCCUGGUCCACACUUGGUAUCACAAGAGCACUGCCACAGAGUACAGCAAGGAAAACAACUGACUUCACCAUCAAAAUAUUUAGCCAAGCAACUUUACGUUGCUGGUGGAUCAGCUAAUGUGAGGUACAAUUUUUCUGAGAUUGAAUUACCAGCAGAGAUGAUGGGUUUGUUGUUUUUACUUGACCCAUUGAAGUAUAUUGAAGUCUUAACUAUAUUCAUAUCUAGAACAUUGUUCUCCAGUUCUAUUAUUGUCAUGUUCUUUUUUCCAACAUUUCCAUGCAAGGAGGAGGAUUGAUAACUGAUACAGUGUCUUCUAUUUCAGAAAAUACAUGUUGAAAGUUCUGUUAUUGUUAUUAUUAUUAUAUAAAAUUCAGAAAUCUGCACCCAUUCAGCAUCCUCAGCAGAUUCAUAUCCACAUUUUAAACCUCCUCUUAUCUUAAGAUUACAGCAAAUCAUACAUCCUCAAUAUUGUUUCACGCAGAAAUCCUGGUCAUCAACCCCCCACCCCAAUGUACACACCCACCUUUGCUUUCCUUCUCUGUCUUCCUACUAUACUUCAUUCGUGUGUCUGUUGGCACGUUUUCACCAUGAUUUUGUUAACAAAGGUAUUUAUUCAGUUACAUGACCUUAGAAAAUGGUCACUUGUCUUUACAGCCCUGGCCAUUGCUCCGCUCGCAUUGGUCAGUAAAUUGCUCAUUCACUGCUUUAUGUCCGGGUUGACUCUGAAGUAUUUGGUGCAUAUUAGUUAUUUCUCUGCUAUAGUUGCACAACAAGAAAAAUCCUGCGCAAUGUCUGUUUGUUUUUGACAGAGUGCAUUAUUUUUUAAGUAGAUCAUAGCAUGAAUUUCCAAUAAAGAAAAUGCCUCAUUUAAAAGCGAUGUAUUGUUAAUAGUAGGAGAACAAGGCUUCUUCACAAUUUGCGGCUGGGGCAAAAGGUGGUUAGAAGGGCUAUUAACACCUGGUGGGACAGAUCAGCUAGGUGUCAAGGUAUGAUGGAGCACUUUGGGUAGGAGAGCUGUGCAUCCACACACUCCCUCCCCUUACAGAGAGCCUUGAGAGGCCACCACUGCUGUGUGCUCCUCCUACUCAGGCUGUAAAUGCACAUUGUAUCAGGUUGUUCACACUGGGAUGGGGAGCAAAGUGCGACCAAGCUGGAGGUACUGCGGUGGGGGACGUGUGCGCAGCCCCCCCCAGCUCCACAUUGUCUCGUAGUCCCCAUGUCCCGAUCGCAAGGUCCAAGACCUGGACAGGAGGCAGAAAGGGAAACUGUUCUUGGAGACACAGCGUAUGGUAGACGCAGCGAGAGGAUGGGAAUCCGCACCCUGUGAGUCCAACUCACGAUGGGGCAUGUGAGAGGCGUCGUACACAUCGGGCACCCUGGAAGGAACAUGAGCACUCUAUGCACAUCUUAACUUGUGAUUGCUUUGUAGAUUUCCAUUUUCCCCAUCCAUCGUGGCAGUUGUGGACUGCGCUGGGCGUACAAGCUGCUUGCUUUCAAGGCUUCCGAGUUGCUCCACCAAUCCCUGGAGAGAGUGUGUCGUGGGCGACCGCUCCACACCCAAGUAUCACACACUGCCUCCUCAUUCAAGUGCAGUUCCAUAGUUCUGGUGCUCACCUGUUCAUUCCUCACCUGGCCGCACGCCUGGUGACGCAUUAUGGCUUUCGCUCCUUUCGUCAGGACAUCAGGAUGUUGAAGAUCUCCACAGCCUGGUGCCCAGUCAUGAUUUGCAGCUUCACGAUCAA